GUAUAAGUGGAUGUAAAGAUGUUAUAUCAUCAUGACACGGUCAAUCCAUUUUCUGGGGAAGGUGACGCUCGUAGCGGUGCGUAGCGGCUCUCGCUGAACUGUAUGCAUACGUGACGUUUUUACUAACUCGUCCACCAGGGGGUGAUGUUUACAAGCAACACGUAACCAAAACCUAACCACUGUUCCAUUGAAUGACGUGGACGUGGACGAGCAGCGUGAGAGUGUGAGAAUAGACUUAUAGGUUAUCGUCAAUCUCCUUUGAACAUGAACAUGAAGUGGUAGUUUGAGGUGCAGCGGUCAGUGUUAAUUUAUGUUAGAAUUAAUUAAUUCGUGUAUUAAUUGAAGUUAAAGUAAUGCCACCAACUCGAAGAAACGAAGAUGGGCUACUUGCCAGGGUCAAUUUCCCUCUCUAUACCUUAAAAAUGUUAACAAGUCGACACAUCAUCGUGGCUGGAGGAGGAGGAGCUGCUAAUACCGGUGUAGCCAAUGGCUUUGAGAUCUAUGAAUUAUCUCAUGAUGGUGAGCGAUAUGUGGCCGAGGAGAUUGUUCGCCACGAAACUGGAACUAGUGUGGUUAUGAACUGUGCUUCUUACAGUAAUGGACAUAAAAGCUAUUUAGUAGCAGGUCAAGAAAGUCAUUGUCAGCUAUACAGUGUCAAUGCAAAAGUUGUAGAUGAAAAAAAAGUACUUAACAGUGAAGAGAAAGAUGAACAUAAAGAACUUAGAGCAAGGAACGUUUCCAGUGAAAAGGAAAAUUCAGAAGAAGAAAAGGCAGGAGAGAGGAAAAACAGCUCGUCUAAGAGAUUGAAGUUUGAAAUUAAACCUAGUGAUAGCAUACAGACUGAUUUCUGUAAAGAUGACCCCUUUCAAAGGGUAGUACGUAUUGGAUGUUCUGGAAAACUUAUGGUAACUGGAGGAACAGAUGGACAUGUACGAUUGUGGGCUUUCCCUUCCCUUAAAAAGCUAAUUGAUAUUGCAGGACACAAAAAGGAAAUUGAUGAUGUAGAUAUCAGUCCUGAUGAACAAACUAUUGUAAGUUUAGCAAAAGAUGGUUGCGGAAUACUCUGGGAUGUUAAAAGUGGAAAGAAAAUUGGCGAACUACAGUGGGACACUCCAGAAAAUGCAAAGUUUCUGUAUAAAAGGUGCAGGUUUGGUGUUUCAGAGGGUCGAAAAAGUCGCCUUUUUACCAUUUGCAACCCAAUUCAUAGGAAUACGAAACUUAAAUCGUAUAUUCAGUUAUGGGACCCAAUAGAUGUUACUUUAAAGAGAGUUGCUGCAUGUAAUGAAUUCCUAUCAGCUCUUAGUGUCUCAGAUGAUGGUAAAUUUGUUGCUAUUGGGACCAUGUCCAGUGGCAGUGUGUCAGUAUACAUUGCUUUUAGUUUGCAGCGUGUUCUUCAUGUGAACAGUGCUCACACAAUGUUUGUGACUGGCCUUGAAUUUUUGCCAAGUAUAUGUGAGGAUUCAGCUCUGUCAAGUUGUACUGAAACUGCUGUUGUUAGCAUAUCUGUUGAUAAUCGAAUAUGUAUUCAUGAUCUUAGAUACAGAAAAUCUGCAAUGGUACUAUUCCGUAUUGGCUUGCCAUAGUUUUCAUUGUAAUUACUCUAUUUUUUACCCUUCUAAUAUGUAGUUUCCUAGGCCUAUAACCUUUGCAUUCCUGUAUUUUAAUUAUUUUAUAUUUUGAUAAUGCACAAUUAAAGGAGAUUACUGCCAGGCAGUAUGUUUUUUGAUCUUUGUUUCACUGUUCCUACCUACAUCUUUGCCUUAAUGUGUGUGUCCAUUCUGGCAUAGAAUUUUAUGUAAAUUUAUUCCAAUAUAACAUAUCACUUUUUGUGCAUUUAUGAAAACGUAAAAAAAUGUCUUCAAUUAUAACGCAAAUAAUUAUGUACAGAAAAUAUAUUGUGUACUUUUAAUGCAAAUUUAUAGAUUUUUUUCAACAUUUUAUUAUGAGAGAUUGUCUUAAAAAAUUUUAAAUUUUAGAUAAUAUUGGUUGACGCAUUUAAAAAAAGAAACUGAGGUGGUCAAGUUGUUAUUUUUUUUAUAUAAACAUAUAAUUUGACAUGAAAUAUUUACUUUUGUUGUUGUAAUACAUUGAAUGGAACAAGUUCUGUUGUAUUUCAUGGUGGACGGAUUUUCAUCAUAACAAGUACAAUCAAUUAAAGAGCUUGGUUGUAGACUGUCCUAUGUAUUGCUAUGUUCUAACUUGUGAUGAAUUGAAAAUUUUGAAAUUAUUUUAUUGUAUUAGAUAAAUAUUUGUUAAUAUGUUUUCAGUAUAAUUUUUUAUUAUCCUUACGAUUAUCAAAAAGUUUCACAAUAUGAAAUCUAUUUAACUUGGUAUAUUAGGAGAGUAGUUCCAUUUGAUAUUCUAUGAAUUCGUGGCAAAAGGAGAAAUAUUUUUCUUAAUACACAUUGGAUACUCCCAACACUACUAAUGGUAUACUGUUGUUAACUAGUUAUUCGUAAUUCUUGAGUGCAAGAUUAUUGCAAUACAUUUUAAUGGUAAGGCAAACUACUAUAUACCUGGUGUGUAUUUAACAUUUAAAAAUUUUCAAUUUUUUGAGUCGUAAAGAAAAGGACUCUUUAGACCCAAGUUCUUUAAUUUCUGUAAAGUACAAAUUUAUAUUGGUGGUUAGAUACGAAUAUAUGCCUUAUACUUUAAUAUGCAAUUACAUCAGUAGGAAGAAAUGUUAUAUUUAUCACACACAUAAUAGUGCAGGAUGUGUUGUAAACAAACAUGUUCACAGAGAAAAAGUAGCACAGAUCUAGUCAUGUGCAAUUAUGAAGUAUGUCAGCAAUGUUGUACAUAAAUUAUUCCAUUGGUGGUAGCUACUAUGUCAUUGUGAUAAUGUGGAAUGUAAGAAUGGUCUUUAAUAACAGCAAAUGAUAGUAGUAUGCAUGUAAAAAUUAGACUCUGAAUCACCUGGCUGUGCUUUGUUCGAAAUAUGUAUAUAGUAAUUUUCAUUGUUUCUAACUUAUUGUUCAUCUGUUACAUAUAUAGAACUUUGAACUUGGUAAAGCUAUCUUCGAUUUACAUAAAAUAUGCUUGUUUUUAUCCAAACUCAAUGACAUGCGUUGUAUUGCUAAAAAGAAAUAUAAAAAUGAGUGCCACAAUGAACCUUUUUGUUAUCUUACACAUUAUUUAUUGAUUACCUAUCUGUACAUCAAUUCAUAUUUUUAUUUUAUUUUUGAGUGUCAUUUAUAUGUGAUCUAUUUAUGCUCCCAAAAUUUAUUUUUAUUAUUAUUAUUUAUUAAGAAACAAUUCAUUUGCUAAUUUUAAUUGAUGUAGAAUCUGGUGCUUAAGGAAAUGUCUUAAGUGGCCUUUUAUUAAAAUGUUCAUUGACAAUAAAAUAAUCUUGAACUCAUCUUUACAAAGGUAAUUGACAAUUCAUCAAUAGUUCAUAAUUUGUUUCAUUGCAUAGUUUCUCAGUUUUGAGUUUUCUUUCUCUUCAAUUUAUUGAGUCUUGUGGAACUUCAAUCUACAUGCAGUUAGAAGAUUUUCCUAUGAGUAGAAAAAACUCUAUGUGAAUUGCAAAUCUCACUUAACUUCUAACUCUUGGUAUUUUUAUACUUUUUUUAUAGAAGAAUUUUUAAUUUAUUAUUAUAUUCCCUGAAGUCUGAUAAUCAUAUUCCCUGAAGUCUUGAUUUGAGAUUAUUUGACAUAUUUUUUCUUUAUAUUUUCAGUUUACUUGGUGUAAUGGAUGGCACAUGCACGUAAUCACAGAUUUCAAAAAUCAAUAUUAAAAUAUAAGUUUUGUAAUUGAAAUAAAAGUACCUGCGUGCCCUGAAGUCCUCCUAAAAGGAUGAAAAGUUAAAUGAACAAAGGUUUCUGUUCCUGAGAAAGUUAAAUAUGUAUUAUGUGAAAAGAUAAGUACUAUUAAAGACGAUGCUUCUUACAUUUUCAACAUUGGAACACAAGUCUUAACAGAAAUCACAUUGUUGACAAUCAUAUCUUACCAAUGUUUUUUACAUAACUAACAUGACAAUAGUAACUUGUACAUAAUUUGCGAGGAAAGAAAGUUUUGCCUCAUCUUGCACAUAAUGUUAAUAAGAACUACAAAAAGACUGUCUGUGACUCAAUUUUUUUUAUUAUUAUUAUUAACAGAAUGACAGUAGUGGUAGUGUCAUAUUGAGAAGUUUUAUAUUAAAGAAUGCGUUGAGUAUAAUAAAGGUAAUAUAUGGGAUGGCUGUUGCAUUUGCAUGUCAGUCAAUAGAACCGCAAAGACAAAAAUAUGCUUCGUGUACAAUUUUCUCCCUCUUGAAACCUCAUUGUUUCCACCAUUUGAACUAAAUUAAACAAUUUUGCUUUGUUCUCCUUCAGGAUACAUCAUUAUGAUCAUUAUACACCAUGGAUUCCCUAAGGGUGAUUGCAUACACCCGAGAACACAUAUCAGACUUUCAUCAAAUAUCCUUCUUAGUUGUUGUCUUCUCAUGUAUAUUGAUAGGUCAGAAUGCUUCAAACUUAGUUAGAGACAACACAUAUCAUUAGCCUCAUAGAAAUUCCAGACUUGUAGUAAGUACAUAUUCUAUGGGAAAAUGCUCAAAAUGGGAUUGGUCCCAUUUUCAUUGAACCCAAAAUUUUUGAAAAUUGUACAAAUUCAAAAUUUUUUUGGCAUCUUCCUACAACUACAAUAUUGAAGAUAGAUUUUUUCCAGAAUGAAUUUUUUUCUUCAAAGACA